AUGACUGAACAAACCCUCACUGCGACUGAGAAGGCCGAAACCACCACCGUCGAACGAGUGGGUGGUCGACCACAAGAUCAUGGUGACUCAAUUAACAUCCAGGAAAAGGUGACCAGAACCGUAUUCCUCUUCUCUGCAUUUAUUGCCUUGAGUGCAGCCAUUGGCAAUUUUGACAACAACUACGGUGGUACUGUCUUGUUGAUGGGACCAUUUAACACCGCGUUUGGACAUUGUGCUGAAGUUCCUGAUCCUUCUGGCUCUCUGGUAAUGAUGUGCAGACUGUCGGCUUUGCAGCAGUCCUUGACGAGUCUCACAUCGCUAUUCACCGCGGUGGGCUCGGCUCUGUCCAGUGUAACAGGAACAUACAUUGGUCGCCGUGGAACCAUCCAGUUCGGAGCAUUUUUGGUGUUGAUCGGUGCUGCCGGAAUGCUGGGUACAUCUUCAAACUAUCUAAAUUACAUGGUGUGCAAAUGCAUCGGCGGCACAGGUCUUGGGUUUCUCUACAGUGGUACCAUUGUAUAUGGUGUGGAGUGUAUGCCACCACAUAAACGGGGAAUGCUUCUCGGACUGUUCUCAAUCGGUCUUGGUGCCGGUAGUGCACUCGCUGCUGGCGUCUGUGCUGGAUCAGCUGGAAUUCAAAGUAAUUGGGCCUGGAAAACUCCUAUCGCAUGCCAGAUACCUCUCUCCAUCGCACUGGCCGCUGGUAUCAUGCUCUUUCCGGAGUCUCCACGUUGGCUACUCAUCAAGAACAAAGAGAAUACUGCACGCAUCGCCUUAGGGAGAUUCUCCCACCAGGAACCGAACUCUCACUCUGUGGAUACCCAAGUUCGAGAAAUGCAAACCUAUCUAGAAUUCGAGAAGGUUAUGGCUUCGACGACAUCCUGGAUGGAAAUGUUCCACAAGACGAAUAUUCGUCGUACUCUUAUCUCUGCUUUCCUGCUGAUGAUACCGGCCUUAGCAGGAACUUUCUUCAUCAUCCCAUAUACGGCCGUGUUUCUCGGGGGCCUCGGAAUCUCAAACCCUUUCCUGAUCACAGCCAUCAUCAAUCUAUGUAUAUUUGCUGGAUCUCUCUUUGCAGGCUUCACCGCGGAAUACUUCGGCCGCAGGCUCUCCCUCCUGCUCGGGUUGUCGAUCAUGGGAGCCUCCAUGUUGAUCUUUUCUGCCGUCAGUUCUGGUUUAGGCACUCAAGCCAAGGUGACGCAAAACGUCCUGGUGGCUUUUUUGUGCAUCUGGUGUUUUGUCUUUGCCAGUUGCGCGUCGCCAGCCAUCUGGGUCGCCUCCGCCGAGAUGCAUUCUGUACGGCUCCGAACCCAUGGUCAGGCCCUGUCACUCUUCAUGAACUCCAUCUUCGCCUUUGGCGCACAAUUCUGGACUCCCUACAUGAUCAAUCCCGAGUACGGAAAUAUGGGCACCAAUGUGGGCUACUUCUACUUUGGACUUCUCUUUGUGAUUCUGAUCAUCGCCAUCUUAUUCGUCCCGGAGACUGGUCGUUUGAAAUUAGAGCAAAUUGACGACUACUUCGCAUCAGGUGUUCCAGCUUGGAAGACGUCUCUCAAACGAAAUAAAGAGAUCGCAGAGCAGAAUAUACUCGAUGUGAGCACAGAGGAGCACGAUUCGAAGCAGGUUCAGCUUGAGGAUGAAUAG